UACAAACCAAUAGGCUAAUAUGUGUACAAAUUUAAUAAUUAAUUUAAUUUAAUAAAAUUACAAGAACAGUGUGUAAAGCCUCCCUUCUAACAUUAACAUUUGUAAUACGUCCGAAAGGAAACUGUAUAUUUGACGGAUGACUCCAACGUGGCCAUAUUUCCCCGACUUGAUGGUGACUUCAGCUGCAUUGACCUCAUUGCCAGAGGCCAUUAUGAAGUACAUGGUGACAGCAAUACUGUGGAAAAAUCAACCGGGGCACUUUCCUCAGGCCAGCCUGUCCACUUUUCUUUCCAUCGGCCAUCCAGUACAGCCACAAGCUCCACCUGUCCAGUUCCAAGGAGUGCCACAACCAAGACUUUUGUGAGGUGAAGGAAGAAAAUUGUUGCUUCUUGCUAAAACAUCCUCUGUCACUACUGUUACCAUGACCACUUUACCGCUACAUUAUUUGCAGAGGAAUGUCUUCAUCGCUGAAGUCUUGAAUGGGAAGCUGGAGACCAGCAAGAUGGUUACAGUCCGCUUCACAGACUUUGAAGCUUGUGUGGAGACAAUCACCAGUAAGGUGAAAGAGGCUCUUGGACAGCAGGAGACCAUUAUCUUGACAGAUAGCCAGGGCAACGAAAUAGUUGACUCUGAUGGAACUGGAGGGUCAACAUACUGGAAGCAAAAUUCCAGAAAAGUGUAUGCAGUACGAGAACAACAGAUGGAGCAGCUCCAAGUCAACAAAAGGAGAAGGUUAAGUCGAAGAGAAGAUACUGGCCUUCAAGAUGUUUUAGCAGACAUUGAAGAGGUUGUCGAAGCAGCCCAGGGACUAAAAGGAGUGUCGCAGGUGAUCAAGGAUUUGACUGGAUUUGCACAUUCCACCGUGACAACAACCCUGUCUCUUUCAGAAGCUGAAGUUGCUUCUUUAAAAGAGGUCUUUGCCUGUGUUGUCUGCAAAGGCCCUGCAGAGAGGCCAGUGUUCUCAGCCUGCUGCAGAAGCCUGAUCGGGUGUAAGGAAUGCAUUGCGGAGUGGAACAACAGCCACAGUUACUACCCCAAGUGUCGAGCUGUGGAUUUGGAGAAUAGCACCCAUGAAGUGGCUGGACUCUCUGAGGCGCUGGCGCCACUGAAAAAGUUAUUCGAGUAG